AUGAACAGGAACCUGGACCGGGACAUCGAGGGUUCGUCCAAGCGAUGGAAGAAGUUCGUGGAAUCCGAAACCCCGGAAAAGGAGAAACUGCCCCAGGAGUGGAAGAACCGCAGCGCGAUUCAACAGCUGUGUAUGAUGCGGGCUCUGAGACCCGACCGCAUGACCUACGCACUCCUACACUUUGUGGAAGAUCGAAUGGGUCAAAAGUACGUCGAAGGCAGAAGCAUGGACUUCGCUCAGUCGUUUUCAGAGUCUGGCCCAUGCACUCCGAUCUUCUUUAUCCUGUCACCAGGAGUAAACCCUUUGAAAGAUGUGGAGAAACUGGGCCGUUCUCUGGGUUUCAGUACCGAUCGCGAAAACUUCCACAACAUUUCGCUGGGCCAAGGGCAGGAAAGUGUUGCAGAGAAAGCCCUGGAGGCAGCUUCUAAAAAUGGCCAUUGGGUGGUUUUACAGGGAUUGCUGGAAUCCUCCAUCAAAAUAACAAAUGAGCCGCCCUCGGGGAUGUAUUCGAAUCUGCACAAAGCCCUGGACAAUUUCAAUCAGGACACUUUGGACAGAUGCACAAAAGAAACUGAGUUCAAAUGCAUCCUGUUCUGCAUCUGCUAUUUCCACGCAGUGGUUUCUGAGCGGAAAAAAUUCGGAUUCCAAGGAUGGAACCGAAGUUACCCCUUCAAUACUGGAGACUUAUUGAUAAGUGCGGACGUGUUGUAUAAUUACCUGGAAGCGAACAACAGGGUUCCUUGGGAAGAUUUGCGCUAUUUAUUUGGCGAAAUCAUGUACGGGGGCCACAUCACCGACGACUGGGAUCGCAGACUGUGUCGCACGUAUCUAGAGGAAUACCUUCAACCCGAAGUCGUGGAUGGGGAACUGUUUCUGGCUCCGGGGUUCCAGGCUCCUCCGAAUCUGGACUAUGCCGGAUACCACGCGUACAUCGAGGAUCGACUUCCGCCGGAAACCCCGCAUUUGUACGGCUUGCAUCCCAAUGCGGAAAUUGGUUUCUUGACAACCACUUCCGAGAAGGUCUUCAAGAUAGUGUUCGAAAUGCAGCCACGUGGAGACGCCAGUGCUUCCGGCAUGGUUGUCAUCACCAAGGAAGAAAAGGUGAAAGCCGUGCUCGAUGAGAUUGCGGAAAAAUUGAACGAGGAAUUCAACAUGAACGAACUGAUGGGGAAAGUGGAGGAAAAAACUCCUUACGUGGUCGUGGCUUUGCAAGAGUGUCAGCGCAUGAAUGCCCUAACCAAGGAAAUUCGCCGUUCACUCAGAGAACUCGAUCUCGGCCUCAAGGGGGAAUUGACAAUCACUGCGGACAUGGAGGAGCUGAGCAACGCAUUGUUUCUGGACCAGGUGCCCGUGAGUUGGGCCAAGAAGGCUUAUCCGUCUUUGCUGAGUUUGGGGCCUUGGUAUGCGGACCUCCUCCAACGCAUUCGGGAACUGGAGUCAUGGAGUUCUGAUUUCAUCCUCCCGGGUUCUGUGUGGCUCGGAGGUCUGUUCAAUCCCCAGUCCUUCCUAACGGCCAUCAUGCAGACGACAGCUCGUCGUAACGAGCUGCCAUUGGACAAAAUGUGUCUGCAUUGCGAUGUCACCAAGANCAUCAUGCAGACGACAGCUCGUCGUAACGAGCUGCCAUUGGACAAAAUGUGUCUGCAUUGCGAUGUCACCAAGAAGCAAAGGGAGGAUUUCCCAGCACCGCCGAGGGAAGGAGCGUAUCUACAUGGCCUGUACAUGGAAGGAGCUCGUUGGGACACAGCAGCUGGCAGCAUCACGGAUUCUCGCAUGAAAGAGCUCUUCCCACCCAUGCCUGUUAUUUACGUCAAGGCAAUUCCUCAAGACAAACAGGAUACGAAGAACGUGUACGAAUGCCCGGUUUACAAAACCCGUCAAAGGGGGCCGACGUUCGUAUGGACUUUCAACCUGAAGACCAAGGAGCGACCGAACAAAUGGAUUCUCGCCGGAGUCGCACUUGUUCUUCAAGCAAUUCCUCAAGACAAACAGGAUACGAAGAACGUGUAUGAAUGCCCGGUUUACAAAACCCGUCAAAGGGGGCCGACGUUCGUAUGGACUUUCAACCUGAAGACCAAGGAGCGACCGAACAAAUGGAUUCUCGCCGGAGUCGCGCUUGUUCUUCAAGUUUGAAAGAAGUGUUUUUUUGUUUUUACGUUUUGAAAAUCCUUUCGGCGA